UCCUAAUGGGCAACCCCACCUUUCCGCCUCUGAACUGUGCCUGAGCGCUGGCAUUUGUGCUGUCUGUCUCCGCUUCUUCAAACCUCCCCCUUCCAUCCUCCUUCACGAUACACGAUCUCCAUCUCUCCAUCAGCAAAAACAUCAACUCACCCUUCCAUCUCCAAAACACCUCUCUAAACAAUGGCUGAAGAUCUCAACGAGGAGUACGACGUCGUCGUUGUCGGAACUGGUCUGACGGAAUGCAUUCUUUCUGGUGUCUUCGGUUCCGAGGGCAAGAAGGUGCUCAACAUCGAUGCCAACUCCUACUAUGGCGGUGAGAGUGCGAGCUUGAACAUGUUCGAUAUGUGGAAGAAGUUCAGAUGGACCGAGGACCAGCGCAGAAAAGAGGAGGAACGCAAGAAGGAGAUCGAAAGGCUCGAGAACGAGGAGCGUGAAUCCGAGGAGAAGCGUCGGGCUGCUGCUAAGGCGGCCGGCGACGACAACUACAAGGCCGCCCCCAAGGCCCCCAGGCCCGAGCAGGUCGGACCGAACCCUCCUGAGGUGUUCGGAAAGGAUGCCCGUGCUUGGAACCAGUGGCACAUCUCGUUGACUCCCAAGUUCCUCAUGGCCGAUGGAGAGUUGACCCGGAUUCUUCACCAAACCGGUGUCACCCAGUACAUCGACCUCCUCUCCGUUCACGGCAGUUUCGUCGUCAAGAAGGGUGUGCCCAGCAGGGUCCCCUCGACACGUGGCCAGGCCGUCACCUCCCCCCUUGUUUCUGCCAUGCAGAAGUACUACAUGCAGAACUUCCUGCAGUUCAUUGCCAGCUACAAGGAGGAUGACCCUACCACCCACAAGAAAGGUCUGAACUUGGACCAGAACACCAUGAAGGAGGCGUACGAGAUCUUCGGUCUCGAUGCCUGGACUUCCGAGUUCAUUGGUCACGCCAUGGCCCUGUACGCUGAGGACUCCUACCUCGACAAGCCCGCUCGUGAGCCCAUCGAGCGUAUCAUCCUUUACGUCAAGUCCAUGGCCCGUUUCGGAAACUCGCCUUACAUCUUCCCCCUCUACGGUCUCGGCGAGCUCCCCGAGCGUUUCUCGUUCUUGUCUGCCGUCUACGGAGGUACCUACGCCUUGAACACUCCUCUCAAGGAGAUCCUCUACGGUGAUGAUGGCAAGGUUUCCGGUGUCCGUUUCCCCCACCCCAUUACCAAGGAGGACACCGUCGUCAAGACCAAGAAGGUCAUUGCCGACCCCACCUACUUCCUCGGCGAGGAGAACAGAAUCCGCAAGGUUGGCCAGCUCGUCCGGGCAAUCUGUGUGCUCCAGCACCCCGUCGAGGGAACCGACGGCGCCGAAUCUGCGCAGAUCAUCAUUCCCGCCUCCCAGAUGGGUCGCAAGAACGACAUCUACAUCUCGGUGCUGUCUUCGGUCUUCAAUGUCUGCCCCAAGGGUCACUACCUUGCCAGUGUGUCGACCAUGAUCGAGAAUCCCGACGGUGGCAACCCCCAUUCGGAGCUCGAGCCCGGUUUCGAGCGUCUGGGUCUUGCAUCCGGCCGCCUCGGUGAGAAGGAGGAGAAGUUCAUCCAGGUUGUCGACCUGUAUGAGCCCAUCGAGGAUGGCACCAGGGACAACGUCUUCAUCUCUCGCAGUUACGACGCAACCACCCACUUUGAGACCUGCACAGACGACGUCAAGGACAUCUACAAGCGCGUCGAGGGCAAGGAUUUGGUUAUCAAGGAGAGGAAGGAGAAGGUUGUGGAGGAGUAAAGGGAACAUCACUGAAGUGACGAUACUAUCAUUUAAUAAUUGUCGAGCUAUUGUUUUUUUUUCGAGACUGUUGCAUUUCGUGAUGGGAUUUUUACGAAUGGAAUUCGGGGUUUUUUUAGCGGCGACCUUUUGAUCUGUUACCUCAUUUAUUCGCUGGUGAUCUUGUCUGUCCAUCGUAGAGUACACGCGUUCGCCACAUAUCUACAGAGUGGGACGAGGAGGGAGGAG